GACCUGCCGCUGAAGCGGAAGCAGCGCCGCAGCCGCACCACGUUCACGGCGGAGCAGCUGGAGGAGCUGGAGAAAGCUUUCGAGAGGACCCACUACCCCGACAUCUACACCCGCGAGGAGCUGGCCCAGCGCACCAAGCUCACCGAGGCCCGCGUGCAGGUKUGGUUCAGCAACCGGCGGGCGCGCUGGCGCAAGCAGGCAGGAGCCAACCAGCUGGCCGCCUUCAACCACCUGCUGCCGGGAGGGUUCCCGCCGGCCGGAAUGCCAGCCCUGCCCCCGUACCAGCUGCCCGACUCCUCCUACCCCAGCACCACCAUCUCCCAAG